UGAGGCUUGACCAGAGCGAGUGAGGAUCUUGUCCCGGCUUCAAUUGUCCACGGCUCCACCUCCUGUGGCUGCAGGUGUGAUUCCUGGGACUCAGCCGAACUCCCAGCAGGAUCUUCAAGCGUCUCUGCAGCCUUUCAGUCUCCUAGAGACAGAGAUUGCAAAGACAAUUUCAGUAGCGAUGGAAGUUCUUGUCAUCACGGUCCUAAGAGAAUUCUUCCCUGUGGAUUUAGGAUGGACCACACAUCCCCGACCUACAUGCUUGCUAACUUAGCCCACUUACAUUCUGAACAACUUCUUCAGGGCUUGAAUCUUCUUCGUCAGCACCACGAACUCUGUGACAUCAUUCUUCGUGUAGGUGAUGUUAAAAUUUAUGCUCACAAAGUGGUACUUGCCAGCAUCAGCCCGUAUUUCAAAGCUAUGUUCACUGGAAACCUUUCUGAAAAAGAAAACAGUGAGGUUGAAUUUCAAUCCAUUGAUGAAACUGCUCUCCAGGCCAUUGUGGAAUAUGCCUAUACAGGGACUGUUUUUAUUUCUCAGGAUACAGUUGAAUCUCUCCUUCCAGCAGCAAACUUACUUCAGAUAAAACUUGUCCUGAAAGAAUGUUGUGCAUUUCUUGAAAGCCAGCUUGAUCCUGGGAACUGUAUUGGAAUAUCUCGUUUUGCAGAGACAUAUGGUUGCCAUGACCUUUAUUUGGCAGCCACUAAAUACAUAUGCCAGAAUUUUGAAGCUGUAUGCCAGACAGAAGAGUUUUUUGAGCUUACACAUGCAGAUUUGGAUGAAAUUGUUUCCAAUGACUGUUUGAAUGUAGCUACUGAAGAGACUGUUUUUUAUGCAUUAGAAUCUUGGAUCAAGUAUGAUGUACAAGAACGCCAGAAAUACUUAGCACAGCUAUUAAACAGURUACGAUUACCAUUGCUGAGUGUUAAGUUUCUCACUAGGCUAUAUGAAGCAAAUCAUCUUAUUCGUGAUGAUCGCACUUGUAAACAUCUUUUGAAUGAAGCUUUAAAGUACCACUUUAUGCCUGAACAUAGACUCUCUCAUCAGACAGUCUUGAUGACKCGACCUCGCUGUGCUCCCAAAGUACUUUGUGCCGUAGGAGGAAAAUCUGGACUCUUUGCCUGUUUGGAUAGUGUGGAGAUGUACUUUCCUCAAAGUGACUCUUGGAUUGGUUUGGCACCCUUAAACAUUCCUCGCUAUGAAUUUGGAAUAUGUGUUUUAGACCAAAAAGUGUAUGUUAUAGGUGGUAUUGAAACUAAUGUGCGUCCUGGUGUCACUGUCAGAAAACAUGAAAAUUCAGUAGAAUGCUGGAAUCCUGAUACAAAUACCUGGACUUCACUAGAGAGAAUGAAUGAGAGCCGAAGUACCCUUGGAGUAGUAGUUCUUGCAGGAGAACUUUAUGCUUUAGGUGGAUAUGAUGGACAAUCUUAUUUACAAUCUGUAGAGAAAUAUAUUCCCAAAAUAAGAAAAUGGCAACCUGUGGCACCAAUGACUACGACAAGAAGUUGUUUUGCUGCAGCUGUAUUGGAUGGAAUGAUAUAUGCCAUUGGUGGGUAUGGUCCUGCUCACAUGAACAGUGUGGAACGUUAUGAUCCAAGUAAAGACUCCUGGGAGAUGGUUGCAUCCAUGGCUGAUAAAAGGAUUCACUUUGGCGUGGGUGUCAUGCUAGGCUUUAUUUUUGUGGUGGGUGGACAUAAUGGUGUCUCACAUUUGUCAAGCAUUGAAAGAUAUGACCCCCAUCAAAAUCAGUGGACUGUGUGUAGACCAAUGAAAGAACCUAGAACAGGAGUUGGUGCUGCAGUAAUUGAUAACUACCUUUAUGUAGUUGGGGGUCACUCAGGGUCUUCCUAUCUGAACACAGUGCAGAAAUAUGACCCUAUCUCAGAUACGUGGCUGGAUUCAGCAGGCAUGAUAUACUGUCGAUGCAAUUUUGGAUUAACUGCACUUUGAUAAGAGUGAACUUCUGGAAAUUAUGUGGUAGUAAAACUUGUG